CCAAUGCAGAGCAGCAUACACCGACACUCUAACAAAGCGGAAACGCUGGACCGUCGAGUCAAAUUAAUAUCAUGGAAACAAGCACGGAAUAAGCAUCCGACCAUGCCAUUUUGGCUACGGAAGGCAAAGCUUAGGAGUAUGCUUCCAAGAAGCAUAUAUAACUACCCCGUCUGGCUGCAUCUCUGA